UCAGAUCCUUGACUGAAAGGAGGUCAUAAACCUUUCUUCCUUCUAUGAGAGCAAGUGCUAAGAGUUGUCAUUUGGCAAAAUUACAAAGUUGAGGGAAAGGAGUUCAUAGGUAUAUGCUCACAAAAGCAGAAGAGGGUUUGGUAGUAAAUUUGUAGCUGCAGAUUUGACUAAUUUAUUUUUAAGAUUUUUUCCGGAAGUCCAGACUCCAGGAACAAGAGUUCCAGAGAAGAUCAACUUCUUUCUACACACACAUGUGCAACCCCUGGGUCUCCCUGUUAGGGGCCGUUGGGUCCCUUCUCAUUAUGUUGGCCAUCCAGUGGGUCUAUACCCUGGUUAACAUGGGUAUUGCUACCAUCGUGUAUUUCUACAUUGGCCGGGCCAGCCCAGGGCUUCACCUCGGAUCAGCCUCCAAUUUUAGCUUUUUCCGAUGGAUGAAGUCUCUUCUGAUCCCCUCCUACAGGAGUCUGCAGUCCCCCCGGGAACAGAUCAUUUUGGCACCAUCCCUGGCCAGGGUUGAUAUGGCGAUGACUCAGCUCACCCAAGAGAAUGCCGACUUUGCCACUCGGAAUCGUUACCACCACUCCUCCUUCAUGAGUCGGGAGCAGCUGAUGCCUCUGUAUUAGAAGCCAUGCAGGGUCCCUCCUUCCCAGGAGCUGCCCUAGCACAGUGGACUCAAAUUGCAGAAUCUCUGGGAGCUGCUUCUACCCAAUAAGAAACUCCAAGGCAUGUCCUCCCAUUGCUGCUUUGGACAACAGAA